CAUUAUAGUCCUAAUGUAUAAUUGGUUUUAAUUUGCGUAAAAAAUCGUAUUAAUGAGAAACGUGUAUAGUUAAUGUAAAUAAGACUCAAUAUUUUUCGGUGUUGUAUAAGUUAGCCUAUUACUGUUAAAAAUGUACAAGUUUUUCAGCAAUAUUCUUUACUACAUUGAGAAAUAUUGUGUGGAUUACAUUGAUGUGGACUACUCACUGUGGGUUUCCUGGCUACUUUUACCUCUGAUUGUCUCAUUUAUGCUUCCAUUGUUUAUUGUUUUACUUUUAUACAUGAAUGCAGUGAUACUGUACAUAUACAAACUCCAUAGGUACAGAUUAAGAGAUGCCUUUGAGACAGAUAUUUAUGACGGUGCAAGAAAACUUAUAGCUGCAAUUUGGGACGCACAUGGAUAUAUUUGGCAUGGUUAUGAGGUGAAAGGUCUUGAGAACAUUCCCGAGAGUACACCAGCAUUGUUCAUUUACUACCACGGUGCCAUUCCUAUAGACUUGUAUUAUUUUUUAUCAAGAGUAUAUCUACUUAAAAAUCGUCUAAUCCAUUCUGUUGGUGACAGAUUCCUGUUCAAAAUACCAGGUUGGGCCAUCAUUGCGGAAGCUCUCAAAGUGAUUCCAGGAACGAUACAGUCGUGUUCGGCCAUCCUCAAGGAGAACAAUCUCCUGGCCAUCUCUCCGGGCGGAGUGUACGAAGCUCAGUUCUCUGACUCGUACUACAGGCUCAUGUGGAAGAAGAGGCUAGGUUUUGCUCGGGUGGCACUUGAUGCCCAAGUCCCAAUAAUCCCCAUAUUCACCCAGAAUGUGCGGGAGUCAUUCAGAUCAGUCGGGUUCUUUCGCAGAGUUUGGCUCAAGCUGUACCAGUGGACCAAGUUUCCUCUGGUGCCCAUUUACGGCGGAUUCCCUGUGAAGCUGAGGACUCAUGUCGGAACUCCAAUCCCUUACGAUGGCUCACUGUCACCCGAGGACUUGGCAGUUAUUGUAGGAAGUGCUCUUGAGGAGCUUAUCGCCAACAACCAGAGAAUCCCAGGAAGUAUCCUGCGUGCAUUGAUGGAGAGGUUUUACGAACCAAAAAGCAGCGUGAAGAACAAAUGAUGCAAGGUUGUAUGAGUGUUGUAGAACACUUUGGACUAUAGAACACUUCAGGGUAGUUAGUUGUAUACCAAGCCAUGGUGAGGCAGGGAAGGCUACAUACAAUCAAAAUACGGUGUUCACUUAGUGUAUUAACGUUACAUUAAACUUACGACUUGAAAUCAUAACUCAAUGCUAUUGAGAAAAUCAGUACAAGUAUUUGAUUUAUUUUUAUUAGAUAUAUUUACGUUGUUGACACAAACAUGAUUCUCGUGAGAUAUGUUUUUUGGAUUUUUAAAUCUUUGGUUUAUGAUUUUGAGAUUUUAAUUUGACCUAAAACACUCAGCUGUGUUGCUAGUUGAACUUUGCUUUAUGUUUGGUUGUGAUUUAGUUUGGUUUUCUUAUGGAUCUCGAUAAGUGCUCCCAUGGAUUUUAUUUAAUUUCAUGAUGAAUGAUUUUAUUUAAAUAUUACUUAAGUUAAGGACUUCAGCGUUCCAUAACCUCUCUCUAUUAAAUGUUUAAGUAAAACUGAAUUUGGGUACGGUUUUAUUAUUUGAUGUGCUAUAGCACAAUUUUACUGUGUAGGGAAGGAAACUAAAGGAUUGUUAUGGAUGGAUAGGGAUGGUAAAAUCAUCCAGCAGAUACCUCA